UAACAUCUUGCGUACGUCAUUCGCCGGCAGCCUUACUGCGUCGCAUCAGUAACAAUUUAGCUCUCGGAGUGCGCACACGCCGGUUGCUCUUGUGUUUAUCGUUCAUUUAUUGUGAUCAUUUUAUCUUCAAAAUGAGCAUCCCUUACGAUAAUAUGUCGGUGACGUCACGCUCGGAACAGCUGUUCACCAAGUGCUGUUGUUGUAUCCCUUUGAGGGUGGGAUGCUUCAUCCUUGGAUACCUCAAUUUACUCAUCAACACCUACCACACCCUGGUGCUGGUGACUAUCGCCACCUUCUUUGGCGUGUACACCAACGGCUUCGACCACAUCGACUCGGAACCUGUGACGUCAUCGUAUGACGAUGACGUAGACGACCAAAAGUCCCUCUACACCGUCAUCGGAGUUCUGCUGAUGCUCGUCAUCAUCGUGAACGUUCUCUGGCUCAUCAUUAACAUUGCUUGCCUGGUCGGACUGCACAAGAGGCGUACUGGCCCCGUAAAGGUGUACAUCGGCUUUGCGACCGUUCGCCUGCUGCUGGGCAUGGCGAGCUUCAUCCACCUGACAACAGCUGGCAAAACCCAGAUCGACCACAUCAUUACCUACGGAAUUGAACUUACGUUUGCAGCCUACUUCCUCAUGGUCUACUACGUGUAUGCCAAACAGCUGGACCGCGAGAACCUCGAAGCCAUGCAGAAAGACGAAGCCCCGGUCACUGACAUCACCUUCAUCUAUCCAAUUAAACUGGACAAGGAGCAGCUUGUAGCUUAAGUUGUCCAAAUCUGAACAUAGCUCCAAAGUUUGGACCGAACUUUGGUAUCGAUGGUCCAUUAUAAUUUUCUGACAUUUCUUAUGCAAUUAACUGAACAUUGGCUCCAAAACCUAAACCGAACUUUGGUCUCGAUGGUCCAUUAUAAUUUAUUCAUAUUUCUUACGCAAUUCACUAAAAAUUGGCUCCAAAGCUUGGACCAAACUUUGGUCUCAAUAGUACAUCAUAAUUUUCUGACAUUUUUUACGCUCAGGUCGGUGUUACUAUAAACUAAAUUACUUUUGCUUUUAUUUUAAUUGGCGUGUGCUUUAAGCUGUGAUAAAUUUUGAAAUCAAUGGGAGAUUGACUUGCAUGAAUUUUAUAAUUAUAAUAAAUAUGUUUAAUAAGUAAGUACAUAUCUUUAAAAUUGAACCAAAUUACUUUUCUAAAUUCUCUAUACACUUUUAGAAUCUCAAAAAUGAAUCUAUGGCUUUUCAAAAUCUCAAACUGUUACUACUUGUAUCAUGUCUAAUUUUAUUUGAAUCUAAGGUCCCGCACUACAACUUUAAAGCGUGCGAAUAGCUAUAAGUUUUCAUAUAAACAAAUAAUUAUAAGUUCAAACUAUUAUGUGUAGAGUAAACUAACGCAAUUUUUAUUAUAAUGUGAUAAAUGUAUGCCAGUUUUAAUAAAGACAAUAUUUACAA